AGGAAAUGUUCCUGAGGAGAAAGUAUUGAGACAGUUUCCAAAACUUCACUCCAUAAUUUUCCUUCAAGCAGGCAGGCAGGCAGACAAACAAACCCCAGGAUGAGGAGCCUUCUUCGUCUUCUGGCACUCUGUGCUGCAGUCUCUCUCUGCAUCUGCUAUGACUCUCAUGAAAGCACAGAAUCCGCUGAAGAUUUGUUUGUGCCUCCAAACCGAGCCAACUCAUUCAUUCCACCACAGAGAGGCAACAUAUAUAUCCCAUCCAGAGGGAAUGGCUUCGGCAGUUACAACUUCAGGAGGACAUUCAAGUCUCCAGCAGAAAGACGCGCAGAGAUCUGCGAGGACUACUCCCCCUGCCGCUUCUAUGCCUAUCGCUACGGCGCCCAGCAUGCCUACAACAGAUACUUUGGCGCUAGAAGUCAACCACGGCGGCCUGCUGUGACUCGCCGAUACUAAGCUGGACCUCACAUGCAAAAGUCUCAUUAUCAUCUGGUCCUUUAGUCCACAUAUCAUCAGUCUUUAGAUAAUUUAUGUAAUUGUUUUUGUGGGCUCUUUUGGCAAGAAAACUGUUUUUAUAUAUAAACACCAGAACUUCCAGUCAAUGUGGCUCAAAUCCCACAGCAGCCCAUCAUUAUACUCAUGUAGAAAUUUACAGCCUGUUUCUUGUGUAAUCUCAGGAUGACUUUUAUCAAGUAUCACUGCAUGAUCCCAGCAUUUAUGAGAUUUACGGGAUACGCUCGAGUGAAGCGUUUGGCUCACUUUCCGCUAACCAAUUCUUACAAUCUCCACUUACUUAUGCUGUCAAUAAACAAAUAAAAUGACUUUUCAUGGG